AUGGCUAGGUCUGCAAAAGGGCAUCAAGAUGAAUUGGAGGACGAUGAAGAAGAAGAAUUCCUAACUGCAAACACCUCUUCCUCUCUCAACAAAGUGAAGGUGGACGAGCCCAGCACGGGGAAGAGGGUGAAUACGCAUCGUUCGAAGCAUUCGGAGACUGAGCAACGUAGAAGGAGCAAGAUUAACGAAAGGUUUCAAGUUCUAAGAGAUCUCAUACCUCAAAAUGAUCAAAAGAGAGAUAAGGCAUCCUUCUUGUUGGAGGUUAUCGAGUAUAUUCAGUUCCUACAGGAAAAAUUACAAAUUUAUGAGCAGUCUUAUGAAGGAUGGAGUCAGGAGCCAACGAAACUAAUUCCAUGGAGAAAUCAUCAUGGGCAUGCAGAAAAUACUACAGAUCCUUCUCAAGCUAUACAAAAUGGGUCUAUUGAUGAGAAAAAUAACAAUUCCUCUCCAUUUUAUCCCAAAAAUGUACCGAACCCCAUGGAAUCUGACUUCUCCGUGAUGACUGCCCAGAAGGGCCACACCCCUGGUUCAUCUACAGAAGCAGUUCCCCUGACCAUGCAAAUGCGGUUGGACAUGUUUGAUCCAGUUGCAACCCAGCAUCUUCAGGAAUCUGUAUCUAACGUUGACAUGCCUUCCCAUAUCCAGCCACAAGUGUGGCUUGAUAAAGCAAACAAGGGCAACUAUAUUCUUCCUCAUGAUAAUACAAUGAAGGAACAGGAGGAGCUGGUGAUUGAAUCUGGAUCAGAUAGCAUUUCUAGUGCCUAUUCUCAGGGAAUUUUAGAUACUCUAACACAAACGCUGCAGUGUUCGGGCGUAGAUAUGUCCCAGACAAAUCUCUCGGUGCAAAUUGAUGUUGGCAGACGAGCAAAUACUGGCUUGAUCCCCUCUGCAUACAGUUCAAAGGGUCAUGAAAACCAAUUUGUGAGCAACCCAGCCAUAUCACGAUCCGGAGUUGAUUACUGCAAUAUUGAAUCUGAACAAAGUUCAAAGAGGCUCAGACAAGAAGCAAACUAG